GGUAUUAAAACCCCAGGCUUUUGCUGCUUUAGCAUUUCAUUCUGACAGAUCGCCUGUAGCACAGGGUGUCGAAUUACUGGGCACAGAAAAUGUCUUCAAUGUGGCAUAGUUAUAGGAGUGUGCAAACAAUAUUGUACGUGUUCAUUGCUGUCUUUGGAGUUCCUGUGAAUUUAGUGGCGAUUGUGAUCCUGUCCCGGAGAAAGUGCGGCCUCUCUAUCUGCACCACUCGCUACCUGGUGGCCAUGGCAGCGGCCGAUCUACUGACUAUUAUCUUCGAGAUCAUUUUGUUUCGAAUUAAAAAAUAUUACUUCAUGUCUAGUUUUCUAAACAUUAGCCCCAUGUGCAGUGUUACCGAUGUACUGAGGUUCGCAGCCACAGACUGCUCUGUCUGGUUCACCGUGACUUUCACCUUUGAUCGGUUUGUCGCCAUUUGCUGCCAGAAGCUGAAAACAAAAUAUUGCACCGGGAAAACUGCGGCUGUGGUUCUAACAACAACCGGCGUCCUGUUCUGUCUGAAAAACAUUCCCCGCUACUUCCUUUGGCAACCCACAGUGAUCAUCGACAAUGUGCCGUGGUUCUGUAAACUCAGGGACAAAGGUACCGCUGACCCCGGGUGGGUAGCACGGGCUUGGGUGGAGACUGUUUUAACUCCGUUCCUCCCUUUCGCUGGGAUCCUGCUGCUCAACGCUCUGACAGUCAGACACAUUUUAAUGGCCAGUCGGGUCCGUAAGGGGCUGAAGGGUCAGAGCAAGGGGGAGAACCGCAGUGACCCGGAGAUGGAGAGCAGGAGGAGGUCUGUGGUUUUACUCUUCACCCUCUCCGGCAGCUUCAUCCUCCUGUGGAUGCCACUGGUCAUAAAUUUCAUAUAUUAUCAGGUCAAAGCAAUGGGUUUCAAUUUCAAUGAUUCUGAAUGGAUAUUUCAUGAGUUCGGCGUUUUGCUGAGGAAUUUUAGCUUGUGCACGAACACAGUUAUUUACGCAGUGACUCAGUCGAAAUUCCGAGAGCAGGUGAUCAGCGCGGUGAAAUACCCGAUAAUUUCUGUGCUACAGUUGAUUAAUAAAGACGCGCCCUGAGCGCAACCCAGAUAUAGCUUCAAUGUAUCCCGUCCGGGCUCCAGAUCUUCUCAUUCACCGUCUCGUCUCCAAGCUAUUCUUCCGUGGCGGUCGUCUUAUUGACCGG